AUGACCACCAACAAAUUCACCAUCCAAGAGCAGCUAAGUGGUUUCCCUGUAUUCCAGAUGGUUAUCAUAGGAUUUCUCCGACUAAGCGAGCCCAUCGCCUUUACUUCGAUGUUCCCCUACAUCUACUUCAUGAUCAAGCAUUUUGAUAUCGCAGAGGACGAUGCCCAAAUUUCUACUUACAGUGGAUAUUUAGCAGCUUCCUUCUCAUUCAGCCAGUUUCUAAGCACAGUACACUGGGCAAAGGCUUCAAACAAAUAUGGGAGGAAAACUAUACUAUUGUGUGGUUGUGCUGGAACAGCAUUUUCCAUGAUAAUCUUUGGUUUGAGCAAAAACUUUUACAUGGCUCUAUUUGCUCGACUGUUGAUGGGAUUGCUCAAUGGUAACGUCUCUAUCAUGAGAACAACAGUGGGAGAAAUCGCUCACGAAAAUAGACAUCAAGGUCUUGCUUUCAGUAACCUUUCCCUCCUUUGGAGUUUUGGUAAAUGUAUAGGUGGAUGGUUGGGAGGAGUGCUUACGAGUACAAAAGUAUCAAAGUCUUCUACUACAAAGCUACUGAGAGCAGAUGAAGGGUUGUUUUCGCGUUACCCAUUCCUCCUUUCAAACGUGGUGGUUGCAGUAUUGAUAUUGAUAUUCAUCGUUAUAGGCUGGCUUUUCUUGGAAGAAACUCAUGAGGAGAAAAAGUAUUCCAGAGAUAUUGGACUAGAAGUAGGAGAUGCGCUUAGACGUCUGUUGGGAUUCCAAGUACCCGAAAGACCCUGGAAACUGAGAGGACAAUACUUUGAAGUGGGACAACCCCUAUUGGAUGAAGAGAUGGAAGACAACUCGGUCAUAGAAAUGCACAACUAUCCCCACAAGGGUAAACUGAGUCGAGUAGACAUCUCAGAUGCUGACGCCUCACAAAGUGAAACUGAUACAGAAGCAGAACAUGAGCUGAUAAUACCAUUGGCCGUAAGGAAGUGCAUAAUAAGCAAUUUUAUGUGUUCCUUCCAGAAUUUGAUCUACGUCGAGUUUUAUCCAGUCUUACUAGCUAAAGCACUUCGAGUAGAAGAUUUAAAAUUCCCGUUUCAUAUUAAAGGAGGGUACGGCUUCAGUGCUGCAGAGAUCGGAAAACUUUUAUCUAUAACAGGGUUAAUUGGGGUAGUUCUUGUUUCAUUACUUUUUCCUGUAAUUACCAAAUAUUGCAGAACUGAUCUUGGGUUCAGGAUAGGAUUGUCCAUAAAUCCCAUUAUCUACUUCUUUUUACCGUUAUAUGUGUUCACACUGCACAAGUACAAUGAGGCAAUGCCCAAAUAUGUCACCGGGUUAUUACUAUACUUGAAUAGUAGCGUAGUUUCCUUCGCUAACGGGAUUACCUUCGCCCAAAAUCUAAUUUUGAUUCACAGGGCAUCUCCAAAGAAGCAAAGAGCGUUAAUAAACAGCUAUGCCAUGACAGUCACCGCCUUAGCUCGGUGUGCUGCCCCAAUAAUUUGGGGGUGGAUUAUUUCUAAGUUUGAUGCGCAGGGUUAUGGUGGGAUGUCGUGGUGGGUUCUCUCAGUGUGGUCAAUAAUGACAUUUUCACAUUCGCUUUUCAUCCAUGAGACUGAUGCGGAGGAGACCUAA